UUGUGGAGGUGGAUAACUGCUCAGGUUGCAAGAAUAGCAAGAGUGCUGAGAGCCCAGUUUGUAGGAGCCAUGGAAGAGUCUUCCCAACCCUCUAAACCGCCGGAGGUGAACCCUCACUCUCGCUUUAUUAUUGGCUCUGUGUCAGAGGAUAACUCAGAAGAUGAGACGAGCUCCUUGGUGAAACUUGAUCUGCUAGAGGAGAAAGAGAGGUCUUUGUCGCCUGUGUCUGUCUGCUCGGAUUCCCUUUCAGAUCUAGGACUUUCUAAUGCUCAAGAUGGCCUGGCAAGCCAUAUGAGGCCCAGCAUGUCUGGUUUACACCUUGUAAAGCAAGGCCGGGACAGGAAGAAAGUUGAUGUGCAGCGGGAUUUCACUGUGGCUUCUCCGGCAGAAUUUGUUACUCGUUUUGGAGGAAAUAAAGUUAUUGAAAAGGUCCUGAUAGCAAACAAUGGGAUUGCAGCAGUGAAAUGCAUGAGAUCCAUCCGACGCUGGUCCUACGAGAUGUUUCGAAAUGAGCGGGCAAUCAGAUUUGUUGUCAUGGUGACUCCUGAGGAUCUGAAAGCGAAUGCAGAGUAUAUUAAAAUGGCAGAUCACUACGUCCCAGUUCCAGGAGGACCAAACAACAACAACUACGCGAAUGUGGAGCUCAUUCUUGAUAUUGCUAAGCGGAUUCCAGUGCAGGCUGUAUGGGCUGGCUGGGGCCAUGCAUCUGAGAACCCUAAACUACCAGAACUUCUCCACAAAAAUGGGAUUGCUUUCAUGGGUCCUCCAAGCCAAGCAAUGUGGGCCUUAGGAGAUAAAAUUGCUUCUUCAAUAGUGGCUCAGACUGCCGGCAUACCAACUCUUCCUUGGAGUGGCAGUGGUCUUCGAGUGGACUGGCAGGAAAAUGAUCUUCAGAAGCGCAUCUUGAGUGUUCCUCAGGAACUAUAUGAAAAAGGCUAUGUGAAAGACGCAGAUGAUGGACUGCGGGCUGCUGAGGAGGUUGGCUACCCUGUCAUGAUCAAGGCUUCUGAAGGAGGAGGAGGAAAAGGAAUCAGGAAAGUUAACAAUGCAGAUGACUUCCCCAAUCUAUUUAGACAGGUUCAAACUGAAGUGCCAGGCUCCCCAAUCUUUGUGAUGAGGCUGGCCAAGCAGUCCCGCCACUUGGAGGUGCAGAUCCUGGCAGAUCAGUAUGGCAAUGCCAUCUCUCUCUUUGGUCGGGAUUGCUCUGUGCAGCGCAGGCAUCAGAAGAUUAUUGAGGAAGCACCCGCUUCUAUUGCGACUUCAGUGGUGUUUGAGCACAUGGAGCAGUGUGCAGUGAAGCUUGCCAAAAUGGUGGGGUACGUGAGUGCGGGCACGGUGGAAUACCUGUACAGCCAGGAUGGCAGUUUCUACUUUCUGGAGUUAAAUCCCCGGCUGCAAGUGGAGCACCCCUGCACAGAGAUGGUAGCUGAUGUUAAUCUGCCAGCAGCGCAGCUCCAGAUUGCCAUGGGGAUUCCCCUCCACAGGAUCAAGGAUAUCCGAGUGAUGUAUGGUGUUUCUCCAUGGGGAGAUGCAACUAUUGAUUUUGAGAAUUCAGCCCAUGUCCCCUGUCCACGUGGCCAUGUCAUUGCUGCACGUAUCACCAGUGAGAAUCCUGAUGAGGGAUUUAAGCCCAGUUCUGGUACAGUUCAGGAACUGAAUUUCCGCAGCAAUAAGAAUGUCUGGGGCUAUUUCAGUGUUGCUGCUGCAGGAGGGCUUCAUGAAUUUGCUGAUUCUCAAUUUGGUCACUGCUUCUCUUGGGGAGAAAAUCGUGAAGAAGCCAUCUCAAACAUGGUCGUGGCUUUGAAGGAGCUGUCCAUCCGAGGGGAUUUCCGAACCACUGUCGAGUACUUGAUUAAACUGUUGGAGACAGAAAGCUUCCAGCAGAACCGCAUUGACACCGGCUGGUUGGAUCGGCUUAUUGCUGAGAAAGUUCAGGCUGAAAGACCUGAUACUAUGCUGGGAGUGGUGUGUGGAGCUCUGCAUGUGGCUGAUGUCAGCUUCCGAAACAGCGUCUCAAACUUCCUGCACUCUCUAGAAAGGGGCCAAGUCCUGCCUGCUCAUACCCUGCUAAACACUGUGGAUGUGGAACUCAUCUAUGAGGGACGGAAGUAUGUGCUGAAGGUGACCCGGCAGUCUCCCAAUUCCUAUGUGGUCAUCAUGAACAGCUCGUGUGUGGAAGUUGACGUGCACCGACUGAGUGAUGGAGGACUACUCCUGUCCUAUGACGGCAGCAGCUAUACUACCUACAUGAAAGAAGAAGUGGACAGGUAUCGCAUCACGAUAGGUAACAAGACCUGUGUGUUUGAAAAGGAGAACGAUCCCUCCAUUCUGCGCUCGCCUUCAGCUGGGAAGCUUAUCCAGUAUGUAGUGGAGGAUGGGGGACACGUGUUUGCAGGCCAGUGCUUUGCAGAAAUAGAGGUGAUGAAAAUGGUGAUGACACUAACAGCAGGAGAAUCGGGCUGCAUCCAUUAUGUCAAACGCCCAGGGGCAGUCUUGGAUCCAGGCUGUGUGAUUGCCAAGCUCCAGCUGGAUGAUCCCAGCAGGGUUCAGCAGGCUGAACUGCACACAGGCACCUUGCCACAGAUCCAGAGCACAGCACUUCGCGGUGAGAAACUCCAUCGCAUCUUCCAUUAUGUCCUGGAUAACCUGGUCAAUGUGAUGAAUGGAUACUGCCUGCCAGAGCCCUACUUCAGCAGCAAGGUGAAAGGCUGGGUUGAGCGACUAAUGAAGACACUGAGAGAUCCAUCUUUGCCUCUGCUGGAACUUCAAGACAUCAUGACCAGUGUUUCUGGACGGAUCCCACCCAAUGUAGAAAAGUCUAUCAAGAAGGAGAUGGCCCAGUAUGCCAGCAACAUCACAUCAGUCCUUUGCCAGUUUCCCAGCCAACAGAUUGCCAAUAUCUUGGAUAGCCAUGCAGCCACCUUGAACCGCAAAUCAGAGCGUGAGGUCUUCUUCAUGAACACUCAGAGCAUUGUGCAGCUUGUACAGCGGUACCGGAGUGGUAUUCGGGGUCACAUGAAAGCAGUGGUGAUGGAUUUGCUCCGUCAGUAUCUGAAAGUGGAGACUCAGUUUCAGCAUGGUCACUAUGACAAGUGUGUCUUUACCCUUCGGGAAGAGAAUAAAAGUGAUAUGAACGCUGUGUUGAACUACAUCUUCUCACACGCUCAGGUCACCAAGAAGAACCUGCUUGUUACAAUGCUCAUUGACCAGCUAUGUGGCCGUGACCCCACCUUGACAGAUGAGCUGAUUAAUAUUCUGACAGAGCUGACCCAGCUCAGCAAGACGACCAACGCAAAAGUGGCCCUGCGAGCACGACAGGUUCUCAUUGCUUCCCAUUUGCCAUCCUACGAGCUGCGUCACAACCAGGUGGAGUCCAUCUUCCUGUCUGCUAUUGACAUGUAUGGACACCAGUUCUGCAUUGAGAACCUGCAGAAACUCAUUUUAUCUGAGACAUCUAUCUUUGAUGUGCUACCCAACUUUUUCUAUCACAGUAACCAGGUGGUAAGGAUGGCAGCUUUGGAGGUGUAUGUUCGAAGGGCAUAUAUUGCCUAUGAGUUAAACAGUGUCCAGCAUCGCCAGCUGAAGGAUAACACGUGUGUGGUGGAGUUCCAGUUCAUGCUACCUACCUCCCAUCCGAACAGAAUGUCCUUCUCUUCCAACCUCAACCACUACGGGAUGGUCCACGUCGCUAGCGUGAGUGAUGUGCUGCUGGACAACUCGUUCACUCCGCCGUGCCAGCGGAUGGGUGGAAUGGUCUCCUUCCGCACCUUUGAAGAUUUUGUCAGAAUCUUUGAUGAAGUGAUGGGUUGCUUCUGCGACUCUCCUCCCCAGAGCCCAACCUUCCCUGAAGCUGGCCGUGCUUCCUUGUAUGAUGAAGACAAGACUGCCCGCGAGGAGCCCAUUCACAUUCUCAAUGUUGCUAUUAAGACAGACAGCGAUGUUGAUGAUGAUGGGCUGGCAGCCAUGUUCAGAGAGUUCACACAAAGCAAGAAAUCGGUCCUGAUUGAACAUGGGAUUCGGAGGCUGACUUUCCUUGUAGCACAAAAGAGGGAAUUUCCAAAGUUCUUCACAUUCCGUGCCCGGGAUAAGUUUGAGGAAGAUAGGAUCUACCGUCAUCUGGAGCCAGCUCUGGCUUUUCAGCUAGAGUUGAACCGAAUGCGAAACUUUGACCUCACUGCCAUUCCAUGUGCCAAUCACAAAAUGCAUCUCUACCUGGGAGCAGCUAAAGUUGAAGUGGGAACAGAAGUGACAGACUACAGGUUCUUUGUGAGGGCCAUUAUAAGGCAUUCAGAUCUGGUUACCAAGGAAGCCUCCUUUGAGUAUCUGCAAAACGAGGGAGAGCGAUUGCUUUUGGAAGCCAUGGAUGAGUUGGAGGUGGCAUUCAAUAACACCAACGUGCGCACUGACUGCAAUCACAUCUUCUUAAAUUUUGUGCCUACUGUCAUCAUGGACCCAUCUAAGAUUGAAGAAUCUGUGCGGAGCAUGGUGAUGCGCUAUGGGAGUCGCCUGUGGAAACUCCGUGUCCUCCAAGCCGAGCUGAAGAUCAACAUUCGGUUGACACCGACUGGGAAGGCAAUUCCCAUCCGUCUCUUCUUGACCAAUGAGUCAGGCUACUAUUUGGACAUCAGCCUGUACAAAGAAGUGACAGACUCCAGAACAGCACAGAUUAUGUUCCAGGCAUAUGGAGAUAAACAGGGACCACUUCAUGGGAUGCUGAUCAACACCCCGUACGUGACCAAAGACCUGCUUCAGUCCAAGAGAUUCCAGGCACAGUCUUUAGGGACAUCCUAUGUCUAUGAUAUUCCUGAGAUGUUUCGGCAGUCUUUGAUUAAACUCUGGGAGUCUAUGAAUGAACAUGCGUUCCUGCCAACCCCGCCGCUGCCUUCUGACAUACUUACGUACACUGAAUUGGUGUUGGACGAUCAGGGCCAGCUCGUGCAUAUGAACAGGCUGCCGGGAGGAAAUGAGAUUGGGAUGGUGGCCUGGAAGAUGACUCUCAAGACCCCUGAGUAUCCAGAAGGCCGUGAUAUCAUUGUCAUUGGCAAUGACAUUACAUACAGAAUAGGUUCUUUUGGACCUCAAGAGGAUGUGCUGUUCCUGAGAGCUUCAGAGCUUGCUCGAACGCAUGGCAUCCCCCGUAUCUAUGUGGCUGCCAACAGUGGAGCCAGGAUUGGUUUGGCUGAGGAGAUUCGGCACAUGUUCCACGUAGCUUGGGAAGACCCAGAUGACCCGUACAAGGGAUACAAGUACUUGUACCUGACUCCUCAAGACUAUAAGAAAGUCAGUGCCCUGAACUCAGUUCACUGUGAACAUGUGGAAGACAAUGGAGAGUCCAGGUAUAAGAUAACAGAUAUUAUUGGAAAGGAAGACGGACUUGGAAUAGAGAACCUCAGAGGAUCUGGCAUGAUUGCUGGAGAAUCAUCUUUAGCAUAUGAGAGUAUUAUCACCAUCAACUUGGUUACAUGUCGGGCCAUCGGAAUUGGGGCUUACCUUGUUCGGCUAGGUCAGAGGACGAUCCAGGUUGAGAACUCUCAUAUCAUCCUUACUGGCUGUGGAGCCCUCAACAAA